AUGGCGCUCUCAGGAAAAGUCGCUCUUAUCACCGGCGGUGUCAAGAAUCUCGGUGCUGAUAUCGCCAGGGAACUAGCGAACGUAGGCGCCAAUCUUGCUCUUCACUACAAUUCUAACAGCUCGAAAGCCGAUGCUGCCAAGCUCGAGACUGAGCUCAAAGAGAAGCAUCCUUCGUUACAAGUCAAAUUCUAUCAGGGUGAUCUCACUACCGCCGAUGCCGUCACUGGCCUCUUUAAAGCGGUCGUAGCCGACUUUCAGAAGGUGGAUAUCGUUGUGAACACCGUUGGUAAAGUGCUAAAGAAGCCGAUCACGGAGAUCACUGAGGCUGAAUACGAUUCCAUGUUUGCUAUUAAUUCCAAGGCCGCAUUCUUUAUUCUGAAGGAGGCUGCCGCCCAUGUUCCAGACGGCGGAAAGAUUAUUACCAUCGUCACUGCUCUCCUGGCCGCGUUCACGGGCUUCUAUACAUCGUACGCCGGCAGCAAAGCCCCAGUUGAGCACUUUACCCGGGGUGUGAGUAAAGAGCUCCAACAACGUCGAAUCAGCGUGAAUGCUGUUGCGCCAGGACCAAUGGAUACUCCAUUCUUCUAUCCACAGGAAUCGCCUGAAGCUGUUGAGUAUCACAAGGCUAAUGGCAUGGGCAAUCGUCUCACCGAGACGACUGAUAUCGCACCGCUAGUGCGCUUCCUGUGCACAGAAGGAGGAUGGAUUACGGGACAGACCAUCUUUGCGAAUGGUGGCUAUACUACCCGAUAA